GGGCGGGGGAGGGAGGAGCCAGAGCGGCCGCCGCCUCUGCCGGAGGAGCCGCGGGGCCGCCACACUCGCCCCCCGCCCCCCCCCUCCGCGCUCACUCGCACUCACACCCCGGCGCUGGAGGCGGGCGGCCCGGGCCCCACCGGCCCCCCAUGGACGCCCCCGGCACGGGGCGCUGAGACCCCCGCGUCGUCGCUCAGCUCGGUCCAGCGCGCCAAGCCGAGGUAUCUCCAGACAGGACAAGUCUCUGAAGACUUCCCAGUCCCUAACCCAGUACCUUUUACUAGCUUGUCCCUAGCUCUUGUCCCACCAGCCCCUCCCGGGCCCCUCCCACCACCUGCCCUCCCGUUUUUGUUUUUUUUGGGGGGGGACUCAGGGCAUGGUGUGAAAGGCUGAGUACAGAGGGGGGUACUAUGGGUGCUGUGCCCUAGGGCCUGGGUGGCGGGGGGUGGGUGGCCUGUGGGCGUGGGGGGGGCAGUGUGCCCACCCCAGUCUCUUGGCGUGCUGGAGGGCAUCCUGGAUGGAAUUGAAGUGAAUGGAACAGAAGCCAAGCAAGGUGGAGUGUGGGUCAGACCCAGAGGAGAACAGUGCCAGGUCACCAGAUGGAAAGCGAAAAAGAAAGAACGGCCAAUGUCCCCUGAAAAGCAGCAUGUCAGGGUAUAUCCCUAGUUACCUGGACAAAGACGAGCAGUGUGUGGUGUGCGGGGACAAGGCCACUGGUUAUCACUACCGCUGUAUCACUUGUGAGGGCUGCAAGGGCUUCUUUCGCCGUACAAUCCAGAAGAAUCUGCAUCCCACCUAUUCCUGCAAAUAUGACAGCUGCUGUGUCAUCGACAAGAUCACCCGGAACCAGUGCCAACUGUGCCGCUUCAAGAAGUGCAUCGCCGUGGGCAUGGCCAUGGACUUGGUUCUAGAUGAUUCAAAGCGGGUGGCCAAACGCAAGCUGAUUGAGCAGAACCGGGAGAGGAGGCGAAAGGAGGAGAUGAUUCGCUCGCUGCAGCAGCGACCAGAGCCCACUCCUGAGGAGUGGGACCUGAUCCACGUUGCUACGGAGGCCCAUCGCAGCACCAAUGCCCAGGGCAGCCAUUGGAAACAGAGGCGAAAAUUCCUGCCGGAUGACAUUGGCCAGUCACCUAUUGUCUCCAUGCCGGACGGAGACAAGGUAGACCUAGAGGCCUUCAGUGAGUUUACCAAGAUCAUCACCCCGGCCAUCACCCGCGUGGUAGACUUUGCCAAAAAACUGCCCAUGUUCUCCGAGCUGCCUUGCGAAGACCAGAUCAUCCUCCUGAAGGGCUGCUGCAUGGAGAUCAUGUCCCUGCGGGCAGCUGUCCGCUAUGACCCUGAGAGUGACACCCUGACCCUGAGUGGGGAGAUGGCAGUUAAGCGGGAGCAGCUCAAGAACGGUGGCUUGGGCGUAGUCUCUGACGCCAUCUUUGAACUGGGCAAGUCACUCUCUGCCUUUAACCUGGAUGACACGGAAGUGGCCCUGCUGCAGGCUGUGCUGCUAAUGUCGACAGACCGCUCCGGCCUGCUGUGUGUGGACAAGAUUGAGAAGAGUCAGGAGGCCUACCUGCUGGCAUUCGAGCACUACGUCAACCACCGCAAACACAACAUUCCGCACUUCUGGCCCAAGCUGCUGAUGAAGGUGACUGACCUCCGCAUGAUCGGGGCCUGCCACGCCAGCCGCUUCCUCCACAUGAAAGUCGAGUGCCCCACCGAACUCUUCCCCCCACUCUUCCUGGAGGUCUUUGAGGAUCAGGAAGUCUAAAGCCUCAGGCGGCCAGAGGGUGUGCGGAGCUGGUGGGGAGGAGCCUGGAGAGAAGGGACAGAGCUGGGGGCUGAGGGAGAACCCCCAUCUCUUCUCUCCUCCCUCCCAUCCUUGGAUAGAUGCAGCUCCCAUACACCCCUGCACUGCCCAGCCCCCUCAGAACCUCCAGCCCUUGGACAGGGCGAUAAAUGAACUUGCUAUGAAAGGCAGUGUGGGAGGCUAGGACCCGAGUUCUAGAGUCUCUGGGAUCCCCAACCUCUAAGAAAGUAGGGGAAGGGAAGUAGAAGAACUGAGAGGGACAAGCCAUCUUGACUGUAGGGUCAGGAGGAAUGAGGAAUAGGGGCAGGUGCCCUUACUCACCCCUGUACACACAGGAGAGCCCUGCCAAGUUCCUUGGCCUAGAUUUCCCUUCAGGCCACAGGUCUCUACUUCCCCAAAUACCUGGGUCCUGGGUGCAAAGGACAGCUUAGCUUGGCUUGGCUCCUCCCCUGGAGGCUAAAAAAUGGUAGUCAUCCUAACUGCACUUUGGAAACCAAGCGAGGGGAGAAGGUAAAUGAAGAAAAACUAGACAGAAAAAACACACAAACAAAAACAAAAAACAAAAAAAGAGAGCGUUAGAGAGAGAGAGAGAGUGAGAGAGAUGAUAUUAAGUUAUUAGCUGAGGCCACCCAAGGGGAAGGAUCCCCCACCCCGCCCUUCCCACCCACCCCAUGCACUUUGAGAGCUGCCCUUCCGACCCCCAGAGAGAAAUCCCCUCCCCCCCCCCCCCCCCCCCCGCAGACCUACACAGGUAGGCUGCCACUCAGAGCUGUGAGAGAACACAACAGGGUCCCGGCAUGCCCCUCGCCUUGCCCCCCACCCUUGUGCCCCUUUGGCACCGCACCCCAGUACUUCUGCUCUCUGCCACUUGUGCCCGCUGAGUUCCAUCUACCUCUCACGCUGGAUGCCAGCUGGCCCCUCACCAGCCUGCCCUGUUGCCCACACAGCUCCCCUUUCAAGUGCCCAGCCCCAGGGGCCUCCUGUCCCCCUCCUCCUAUACCUUGGCACCCACACAGGAAAAACUGUGGCCCGGGCUCCUUCCCUCUUCAUAUCCUGCAGUAUUAGCUACAAUCCAGAUGCUGCUGUGUGGGGGUGGGGUGGACAUGUGUGUAUCCCAGACCCUCCACCCCGUGGGACUCCUGUUUCCUGUCUGUCUUCGGGGCUCCCCUCGCUCUCCUUACUGACUCCCACUUGAUGCUCUAGCCCAGACGUAGGGCAGGUUGGCAUGCAGUGGGGGCAUUUCUAUCAGUGGCACUUAGCUGGGGCCCAGGGGAGGAGGCAGUUGGCUCUCCUCCCUUUUUUUUUUUAUUUUUUUAUUUUUUUGAGGCUCUUUAAGCAGCCACCGCUCUGCCCCUGGGAACCCUCUCCCUUCUUUUCUAAUUCAGGGACUUUGGCUUGAGCCGCCUCCCACCCUCGGUGAGGAGUGCUCUGUUGGUCUGCACUUGGGUGAGCUGCCCCUCCUCCUCCCUCUCCUCCUCCUCCCUUUGGCUAACAGCCCACUCCUCUGCAAAGAGAGAGAGAGAGAGAGAGAGAGAGAGAGAGAGAGAGAGAGAGAGAGAGAGAGAGGAAGAGGAAGGAGGUGGCCCUCCCAUAGUGGAAGGGAAUUGAGGAGAAGGAGGAACCGAGCAGACCAGUGGCCCUGGGCUCAGGGCUGCAUGUCCGGCAGGGAUGGAUGGGUGGACAUAGAUGCCCCCGGAAGCCAUGGGGAAUGGGGCAGGGGGCGGGGGCGGGGUGCCAGGGCUUCCCGCGCUUUGCACUAUUGGGGCAAAAAUGUCUUAAGCAGUGGGGAACCUGCCACCCCACUCUGACCCUCAGCCUGCCACAGCCCCUACACACACACACACACACACACACACACACACACACACACACACAAGGCAAUGCUUUGCUAUCCCAGAGCAGUGCCCUCUGCCACUGUUCAGGUGUUCCAGCUGGGCAGAGGGCCUGGAGGAGCGUCUCCUGUCACCUGUGCAUGUGCCUGCCCCACUCCUCGGGGCCCCUGGGCCACCUGUGCUAUCUUCUUCGUCUCUAUCUUCUUUCUCUCUCCCGGGGUACUGAUUCUGUACCCCUCCAGUCCCAUGGAUAAUUCUCUCAUACUUCCUUCCCAUACCGGGGGGCUCAGUGAAGUUCCCCACCUGCCUGCUGUCCCCCUUCGUCCCCACUCCACUCCUCCCCUCCAUCCCCAUUCUCAGCCAUAGGCAUGGCCUCUUACAGGCACUUGGGAAUUUCCCCCUCCCCCGAUCAUAUGAGCUGUGAGCCCCUUCCCCUCAGCCCUUCCCCUUCCCCUCAGUGAUGUGGAGUGUGUGUGUGUGUGCGUGUGUUCCUACGUGUGAAUGGAUGAGUGAGUAUACGUUGUGGGAGGAGCCAGAGAGACUCAGGAGUGCCACGCACCUGCUCUAGAGAGGCAGCUGUCCCAGUCCCUGCUGUGGAAGUGGGGGACAGGGCCCUCUCCUGGGGGCCAUUGGUGCUAAUGGGGGGAUGGCCUUGGCAUGGGUGCUUAGCAUGCCUUCCCCCAAUGUUGGCCCGGGGCACUAGGGCAGGCCGGGUGGGGCAGCAGGUGCAGUAUUGAUGGGAGGGAUGGGUUGCUGGGAGAAUGUUGGGGGGCCAGGCCAGGACAAGGGGGUGCCAGAGCCAUGACCACUACCCUGCCCUACCACUGCCUCUCCAUCUCAGUAUUCCCCCACCCCCAUCACUUAUAACACACAUACCUCAUCCAGCCUCCUCCCUGCUCAGACUUGGGGAGGGUGGGGGAGGAGGAGCCCCUACCCCUUCCCCGGGUGGUGGGUCUACAGGGCUGGGAGAGGGCAGGGCGUGUGACACAGACACCGUCCAUAAGGGGGAAAUUACUUCCUGCCCUAGGAACUCCUGGGUGGAGGGGACACUACCCAGAGGCGCUACUGAAUGUAUGAGAAGCUGGUGCUGGGGGUGGGGGAGGGGGUUGUGGCUAGAAACAGGGAAGGAGAUAGGUCCUUUCCCCAGAGAUGGGUGGGACCGGUAGGGGUGACUUGAGGGGCUCCUACUCCUGCCCCACAGUUGACAAUCAGUAUGUCUGUUAUGUGCGAUUUUUCACCCCGUUGUGUUUUGGGUCAGGAUUUUAAAGAAAGAUAUUUUUAUGGUAA